AUGGACGCUCACAUGGACGUUGGACUCACCUACGUUGUGCUCGUGAUGGCGUUCGGACUGACGCUCUGGUUCCUGAGAAGCAGCGCUGACUCUGCUGGGCAAGGUUCGCAAAAUGCUUCAGAUGAGGCUUCCUUCUUCACUCUGUACUUCAUCGUCUUCAUGGAUGCCUUUGGCUUUGGAAUCUUUGCUCCCUACGUCCCCGUUCUGUCCAAGACGUUCAACAUGAGCGCGCGCAACAUCGCAGGCCUGCUGACUGCUUUCUCCUUUGCCCAGGCCUUCCUGACGCCGCUUUUUGGAUACCUGUCGGAUCGAAUUGGGCGACGAAAGGUGCUGUUGCUGGCUGUCGCGGGCGAAGUCGCUGCUUUUGGGGCGCUGAGCUGUGCAAGGAGUUUCCACGGACUGCUGGUGGGCUACACCUUGGCCGGCGCGUUCUCAGCUACGAUAGGCGUUUGCAACGCAUACAUUGCGGACAUCACGGAUGAAGUCGAGCGUCCAGUUCGAGUUGCUCAUGUCAACGGCAGUAUUGCCUUGGGCAUCCUGGUUGGGCCCGUUGUGGGAGCCGUGAUCAGUCACCAGGGAUUUGUCGCAGCGUGCCGUGUUUGCGCUUUGCUUUCCGCAACAAACUGGGCCUUCGCUUGCUUCUGCUUGGCUCCGACCAGUAAGAGCCAUGCUCCGGAUGAAACCAACAGCUCGCCAGAAAACGGUGAGCCAAAAAUCCCUGGCCUGGCUUGGCUGUUGUGCCUUGGUGCAUUCCUUGGAGAGGCUGGUCUAGCUGCAUGGGAAAGCUGUGCUGCCCUCUACGUUAUGGACAGCUACUUCUGGUAUUAUCCGUCGCCUGCAACUUCAAGCUCACAAUUCUAUGCCGGCAGCAUGGCAUUCUGCGGUGUCACCGUGAUUACUGUCACCGUCUUCCUCUUUCCAUUCAUGAUGCGAGUUUUUGAACAGUGGUACACUGUCGUGAUUGGUACCAGCUUCCGUUUGACUGGUCUUAUGGGUAUAGCGUUGGCACCAACCAAAUGGUGCUUCCUCAUGUCACAAGGUCUGCAGAACAUUGGAGACAACCUUGGUGCCCCAAACCAAACAUCGCUGUUGACAGAAGUUGCUGGAUCGUCAGCAUAUGGCACAUGCUUAGGUGCCAUGUCUGCUUUUCAAGCCAUGGCUCGCGUUCUUGGUCCAGUCAUCUUCGCCUCGCUCUACGAGGACGUGCAUCAUUCAGCCCCCUGGCUGGUUGUGGCUGCUCUGGGAGCUGUGUCUGCAUCCAUUUGGUUCUAUGUCUACACGCACAGUCGUGAGCUUGUGGCCAGUAGGGCAUCACAGUCUCCAAAGCGCGCGAAAGAGAAGGAGAUAUCAGUGGGAGAUGGGGAGGAGAACAAGAACAAGUUGCAGCAGUGA